GUCAAGACUAGGAGUUAACAUUUCUUACUUUUGUUAGAAACUCAUAUAUAAAUAUUCUGAAAAUCUUUCAAAACUAGCACACGGUUGCUGGUAUUUGAAAGAUCUUUGGAUACUAGCUGGUAGGAAAAGAUGGCUCAUCAAAUGAAAGUUGCAGUAUUUUUAGUGUUCAUCGCAGUGGUUGCGUGUGAUGCGUGCAAAUAUCUGAAGUUUUCACCCAUUCACAGUUAUUGCCUGCCACCUAAUCCGACUUGCAAGCUACUGGAUACUACAGUGACCGAUGCGGACAAAGCGCUUGUCGUCAGAUUGCAUAAUGAAUACAGAGAAAAGGUGGCCACAGGAAGAGAAACUGAAGCUGGAGGUUUGCCAACUGCAGCAAACAUGAUGGAAAUGGUGUGGGAUGACGAACUCGCUGCCGUGGCGCAGAAGCAUGCUGAGCAAUGCAAGUUCCAACACGACUGUUACAAAUGUCGUCAAGUUGAUCGAUUCCAAGUGGGUCAGAACAUCUACAUGGGAUUUACUUAUUCGAUGCCCUCGGACUCGAGCUGGGAAACGAUGGUCAAGGCCUUUUAUGAUGAAGUCAAACAGUUCAAGAAAGAAUACAUUAAGCCUUUUGUUUUCGGAUCCUAUGGACAUUUCACUCAGGUGGUCUGGGCAACCAGUUGGCGGGUCGGAUGCGGUAGAUCUGUAUUCAAAGAAGGAGAAUGGUACAGGACAUUCCUCGUUUGCAACUACGGCCCAGCUGGAAACAUGAUGGGAGGUGAAAUGUACAAAGCGGGUCCUCCAUGCUCUGCGUGUCCAUCAGGCACUUGUUGCGGUUCUUCAUGCGGUUCUAACUACAGAGGACUGUGCAAAGCCAUUAAUGAAAAUUCCUUCAGUAUCUAAGUUGGAAUCUUGUGGAUAUGAAGGAGCCUCCAUCUAAAUAUCAAAUUAAUAAAUAAAUUUUAACUCAUUGAUGUAAUAAAGAAAUUGUUUAGAUUGUUAUAUUACUAAUAAAUGUACAAUUACAUUUUAAA